AUGGGGCGGCAGGUGGCAGCCGGCCCCGUCUCUCUGUGGCUCUGCCUGGCCCUCUCGCUGCUCACCGGAUCGGCCCACCGGGACCCAGCCGCCCCGUCGGGGAGCAACCCCUCGGGAGCCCCCAGCAGGCGCCCCCGGAGCUAUAACCAUCUGGAGGGUGACGUGCGCUGGAGGAGGCUGUACGUCUCCACCCACUUCUUCCUGUGCAUCGACAGCAGUGGCAAGGUGCAAGGCACACGGUGGAAGGAAAGUCCUAACAGCAUCCUGGAGAUCCGGUCGGUGCGAGUGGGCGUCGUAGCCAUCAAAUCCGUGCACACGGGUUUCUACCUGGCCAUGAACAAGAAGGGGAAAGUAUACGGGUCGAAGGAGUAUAACCCCAACUGCAAGUUCAAAGAGCACAUCGAGGAGAACGGCUACAACACCUACGCCUCGCUGCGCUGGCGCCGGGAACCGCCCCAUGUCCUGGCCCUCACCAGCAAGGGCAGGCCCCGGCAGGGGGGCAAGACACGGCGCCCACUCUCCACGCACUUCCUGCCCCUACUCGCUUCCUGA